AUGCAACCUUCACAAUCAACAUUGCGUAAAAGAGCUUGGCUUGUUGACACAGUUGGAUUGUUGAAUAGGUUCUUAGGUCCUGUUGCAAGGGACUUUCAGCUAUUCCCAAUCAAUUAUACUAGCUGGAAAAAAGUUCCCAAAGAUUACAAAGAAUAUGUAUUCAAUCACACCAUUCAGGAACUAGAGUCUGGUCGAAAAGUUAGCAGGGGAGAAGUAUGGACUAUUACAUAUAAACAUGCAAAUGGACAUUUUGUUAGCCAGGAGGCCAAAGAAAUUAGUGAAAAAAUUCAAGAAUAUGAAUCAAGCAGAUCUUUAUCCCAAGAAAUAUCUACUCAAGAUUCAUUAGCUCAUGUUUUAGAAAGUAAAGAGCAUUAUGGCCGUGUUCGAGGUUUGGGAUUGGGUCCUUGUCUGUCUCAAGUCUUUGGAUAUCCUGCUCGUUCAUAUAGUGGAAUGUCCUCAUCUCUUCCUUCUUAUGGGGAAUUGCAGAAUCAAGUAACUGUUUUAAAGUCUCAAAUGGAUGAACAAAAUAAAAAAUUUGAUGUAAUGAUGAAUUUUUUCAUUCAGAACUUUCAAGGUCAACUACCUCCAGACUUAGCUAUAUUUCAAAGUUCACUGGUGUCUAAUCAAGGAAGUGCACAACCAACUAAUGUGACUGAUCAUUCUUCUUCAAAUUCUCCAGCUAAAGAGUGGUUUUCUUAG